AGUGGGCGAGGGCCAUGGACGAUCAGCGAUGGGCAGGAUGCCGCGGGGCAUUCAUGCUGACGAUGUCGAAGUAUGAGCAGCACUGAUGAGAACUAUGAGGUCGAGGAACAAGAGGCCUCGUUCGAUCUACAAGGAUCUUCUGCACUUUGCUGCAGUCUUCAUCUCAGCACUGGUUGUUUCCUCCUUCUAUGCGUACAUGAUAAGCAGAACUUUCGGCAAUACCUACAAGUUGGAGACCGAAGAAUUGGAAAUUAUUCUAAGGACUUACCGCUCCUCUCAAGAAAUCUCAGGCGAACCCAACACGGUGCCAAGAACAUCAGAAAACGGAAACCAGUUACCAUCGAGUUUGCCUCCAAGUCAGAACGAAGUGAAGAAGGCGGAGAUCACUGUACCGCAGGCAUAUCAGGUGCCACCUAGCUUGGGACCUAUCAAGCAUGUCCAGCAGGCAUAUCAGGUGCCACCUAGCUUGGCACCUAUCAAGCAUGUCCAGCAGGCAUAUCAGGUGCCACCUAGCUUGGGACCUAUCAAGCAUGUCCAGCAGGCAUAUCAGGUGCCACCUAGCUUGGGACCUAUCAAGCAUGUCCAGCAGGCAUAUCAGGUGCCACCUAGCUUGGGACCUAUCAAGCAUGUCCAGCAGGCAUAUCAGGUGCCACCUAGCUUGGCACCUAUCAUGUAUGAAGCGAAAAAGCCGCCCACUAUUGAACCGCGCAGAGCCGGAUUGAGGAUUGCAAUCUUAAUAGCCUCAGAUCUGAACUACAUUUCAGGGCAGUACCAAAACCACUUUGAGUCUGCACAGUGCUAUGCUCAG